AUGGCCCAAGGCGAUGAUCCGCGCGACUCGGCGCCCGAUCUUCAGAUACUAGGCGAUCAGAUCACCCUUCAACCGAGGAGUUAUGUUGAAGCUCGUCGUCAUGAUGACCAGGAGCCCUUAAUGCACAACAUGGCUCGUUUUCGAUCCGAACCUCUACAAUUCCUGCGCGAAGUGUCCCUAUACGUCUCCGGCACGGGAUGGCGAGCUUACGACAAUUUCAUCGGACAACCUAUAUUCUAUUCUGGCUUCUCCGAGAAGAUGAAGAACGCCGUUGUAUCUGCGCCGCUCCUGCAGAACCGCAUAUCUCAACUGGCCGACAAGAGAUUGGAGCUCGAGGAAAGGGAAGGUUGGCUUAAUAAGGAUGAUAAAGAUUUCGUUACCAAAAAGGCUCAAAGGCGAGCCACCAUAGAGUCGAGCAUUCAAGAGGUUGCGGAAAAGAUGACCAAUGACAUGAUUUGCAAGUUUGAGAGCAAGACAUUUAUUAGAGGCGCAUAUUACCUGGUUACCCAACUGCUCACGCGAGCGUACCAUCAAGGAAUACAUGUUUCCAGCGAAGAAGUUCUACGGUUGAGAAAGGUGGCCGAGAUAGCGGAGAAGAAGAAACAGAGCAUCAUCUUUCUACCUUCCCAUCGAUCCCACGUCGAUUAUGUUUCUAUGCAACUAAUCUGCUACCGAUUGGGGUUGGAACUGCCCGUUGUUGUUGCGGGUGACAAUUUGAAUAUGCCAGUCGUUGGUAGCUUUUUACAGCAUGCAGGCGCGAUGUGGAUUCGGCGGUCCUUCGGCAACGACACUUUAUACACCACUCUUGUACAAGCCUAUAUAGAUACCUUACUUCAGGGGGGAUAUAAUUUCGAGUGUUUCAUCGAAGGCGGACGCUCCAGGACAGGAAAACUUCUCCCUCCUAAAUUUGGCAUUCUCAGCUUUGUACUUGAUAGUUUAUUGUCAGGUCGGGUUGAAGACGCCAUAAUAUGCCCAGUUAGCACCCAAUAUGACAAGGUCAUUGAAACGGAAGGCUAUGUAACAGAACUACUCGGCGUUCCCAAGAAAAAAGAGAAUUUGGCUGAUUUCCUAAGCGGUGGCUCGUCCGUUUUAUCAUUGCAAUUAGGGAGGGUCGAUGUUCGUUUUCACGAACCAUGGAGUCUACGCAAAUAUAUCGACGACCAGCUAACCAAACUCACUAAAUCUCCUGAAACAUUGAAGCUAGAUGUUAAGACCCCCGAGAAUGCCGCUCUCAAACAAAAACUACUCCGAACAAUGGGGUACAAGGUCCUAUCGGAUAUCAACGAUGUAUCUGUAGUGAUGCCUACGGCGUUGAUCGGCACCGUACUGCUUACCCUUAGAGGCCGUGGUGUAGGCAAGUCAGAACUUAUGAGGCGGAUUGAAUGGCUCAUCGCGCGAGUAGGAGCAAAAGGAGGCCGCGUUGCGCAUUUCGGAAACUCCCCCUUAUCCGACGUUAUAGAACGAGGAUUAGAUGUCCUAGGGAAAGAUCUCGUCGGUGUCGUGCAGGGUCUAGCAGAACCAACAUACUACGCCGUGGAUAGAUUUCAACUCUCCUUUUACCGCAACAUGACGAUCCACCUAUUCAUUUCAGAAGCGCUCAUCAGUGCCAGCAUGUACACGCGCGUCAAAUUAGGCGGAGGGCCAGCUCAUCAGGAAAUACCUUAUGAUACUUUACGGGAUCAGGUUUUAUUCCUUUCAUCACUUUUCCGUGGGGAAUUCAUCUUCCCGGGCGAAGGAUUAGCAGUGAACUUGGAAAAGACUUUAGUCGGAUUAGAAGAUGACCGUGUUCUCAACCUGAAGAGAGACGAACAGGGUAACAUCUUAAGCAUUGGGCUUGCAGAUGAAGAGAGGGUCGCUGGAAGAGAAAACUACGAUUUCUAUUGCUUCCUAAUAUGGCCGUUCAUUGAGUCUACAUGGCUUGCCGCUGUCUCGCUGAUGGGACUUACACCUCCCCUCUUGCAGCAAGACAGUGGUGUUUGGAUUGAAGUUGCCAAGGCACACAAUACAGCACAGUUGCUCGGUAAAACCCUCUAUCACCAAGGCGACUUAAGCUAUUUCGAGGCGGUGAAUAAAGAAACAUUGAAGAAUUCUUACCAACGAUUCGAAGAAGAAGGUAUCAUCUACGUGGUCAAAUCAAAGGACUCAAAGGUCGCCCCUCGUUUGCGCCUCGCCUCCGAAUGGAUGCCGUCUCGCGAUCCUGCCAAGUCAGGUGCCCUGCAGCCGUCAGGUAGACUGUGGAACUUCAUUGAACGCAUUGCCUCUAGCAGGCGCGAAGGCAAGAACCGAAGAGACGGUGCCACAGUCAGCACUCGAGUCUUACGACUCGCAGAAACGCUAGGCGCAAAGUUAUUCGAAGAGGCAACUAAUCCACAAAGCCAAGCCGAGGCGAAACUAAAUAAUGAAGAAGCAGCGAAACUCAAGAAAGCUGUCAAGGCGGAAAGGAAGAGACGUCGGUUGGAGGGUAGGGCACGUUUGUGA